AUGUCCAACAACCCUUUUACACCCUCCUACGGCCAAAGGCGAGAAGGCCCCAAGCCAGCAGAGCUACAACUCCCCCAGAUACCGACCUUCCCGCUUUCAUCCCCGAUACAUGAGGAGUUGCUCACCCCGUUCGACGACCUCGACUCGUCUCCGGAUCCGUCAAACCCCUUCACGUCGCCAGAGGACGUGAAGACAGAAACAUUCAGCUCUAAUAACCCGUUUCUGAACCCAAAAGGGGGACUGGGCGGUAUAUCGAAGCUCAAGGGCCGUUGGGGAUCAGUCAAGCAGCCAACCCGCGUUAACGUGACAAAUAAGGCCACCAAACCUGGCUUGAACUUGGUGACGAACUUUUCUUCGCCUGGUGCGCAGAACAGAACGUAUCAAUGGGCAACACAACAACAGCAGCAACAGCAGGGGGAUGAGGAUGGCUUAGAACAUCUUAGUGAGGUUGCCGAGACGGAUGGCCAGUCUAUAUCGAUGCCUAGGUCUCUGGCUAAGACAGAUUCGAAGAAUCUACGGAUAGACACUUCACAGCUCAGGCCAAGAUCAAGACCAGUACGUGUGGAAAAGCGUCAAUCUGCUCGAAAGGGCCCCACACGAUUAUUCCAAAAACCUCCCUCGCCGGAAAUAGCGGUCUCGCCCUCAGAUCGACCUAUUGUUAUAGGCGUAUCCGUACCAUUGGGAUCACCCGCUGCUUUGGCCUUUAGCUCAGAUGCAAGGUCUACACCAGGCAGAACAACUAGCAUACAUAGUCUACGCAGCCACGGAAACACACCAGUUACUCCAACUAUAGUUGUUACACCUGCCUGUGACGAACGAGGGUGGGCAUCACGCAGGAUAGAGGAAGCUGUGCGACCAAGACCCCGGCCUGCAUCCAGUAUCUACUCAACGGUCACUCCCCUGGUAAGGGGUGCCCCCAAGAUCGAAGAUAUCCCUCCUGUUCCUGCCCUUCCACCACCAGGGGCCUAUGCUGGACAUGGAAUAGAGGAUCCCUUUGGAACAAUGGAAGCGAUUUCAGAACGACGAAGACGCGUACUUUCAUCUGGGACUUUGUUCGAGGAGGAAGACUCCCCGUCAAGACAAAUAUCUCGACCACGGUCAUUUUCCAAUAAAGAAACUAGCCAGAAAGAAGGUGGGCUUGUUGCAUCUUCCAGUCGGUUCAGCCUGGAGACUAUUUCUCCCCGUCGAAGAUCCGAGGGCUGGUGGAACUAUCUUCUCUCUCCACUCCUGUCUCGAUCCAGCACCAUGACUACAAUCAACACUCUUCACCGUAACGGAUCCCAUGGCGAGGAUGAAUCACCUCCUCCCCUUCCAGAACUACCACGUAACGCACGCUUACAACUUGCUAUACCAAAGAGGCAUGAUGAGCCAACUCUCGUGAACAAGGAAUGGCGAGAAAAACAAGUCUCUGUCUUUUCACCUAUCACUCCAGACACAGCCAUCGAAAAGGGGUCUCCCUCCGUCAAGUCCCCUGCCUCAGGCUGGCGUGAACGACUGGUCUCUGUCUUUUCACCAAUCUCCCCCGACAGUGCAGGUACUUCGAAGGAGAAACGUAUAUUAAGCAACGUUACUGAAUGGCCCGGUAUGGACCACUGGUACUUCCAGCAGGAGAAAGCGCAGAUGAAGGCCGAUACUGGCAAUCUUACCAUCAACACCAACACGAAAAACAUGGGGAAUACCAGUACUUCACCCAAACCCCACGAUAAUGAACAACAUAGGACUUCGCUUUGCUCCGCCGUCACGUCGCAGUCAAUUCCAUUCAUGAUGUCGGAUCCUUCCAGUCACCAUGCAAGCGUCAGCACGGGCGCUAACUAUACAUCACGGAAUGUCUCGAACAACCAGUCCUUUGCCAGCUACGUCCAGGGGUUUACAAAUACAGACUCCAAUGCAAAUAUUUGUAGAACGGAUUCCCGCAAGGACCAAAACACAAGUAACCCAUUUUUCCAACAAUUUGUGGACAGUAUUCGAGGCGAAGACAGCAGAAGACGCUCUGACUCUGCGUCUACCAUGAUCGAAGAAGAUGAACCUGAUAUUUCCCCGAAUGUCCGCCAUGCAACCGCAACCCCGAUCUUUCACCACAUAAUGCCUACCAUGGUUGGAACUCGUCGUCCACCCACUUCAACAGGACCUCCAGCAACGGCACGAACUAGUGUGUCAAGCUCUGUAUCCGGUUCUUCAGACUCCCCUGAAGAAACACCUGAAAGGCCAAAGAACAAACUUGUGGGCCUUGGAACUAUCAAACGUAAGACUGUUCCAAAAUACCAUGCCAUUCUACCACCGGACAGGCAAUCGCCACUAGAAUCACCAGGCCCUCUCUCACCAGAGGCUCAAGCAACGCUGAACUCCGGCGGUAUCCAAAUGAGCGAUGUUCCCCUGCCCCGUCGACCAGACAGGACAUACCUCUUACCUGCAAUCAACGAUUUUCCUCGCCAUCCCAAGGUAUCCCCAGUCAUAAUGCAAACGCCAAUCAUCCGGCAAACACCCAAAAUUGGUAUCACCAAGAAUAUCAAGUCCAAGACAGAGAUACGACAGAAGAACGUAUCUCGUAAGGAAGUAGUUGGUGAGGAUGGAAGUUUCUGGCGUGGCCAAAAGUGUCGAUGCAGGAAGGGAUGUUCGGGAAAUAAAGACUGUGAGGGUAGGAAGAAAAGACGGAAACGGUGGUGCAUCAUUAUCAUUCUGAUAUUGCUGUUUCUCAUCGGGUUGGGCGUUUUGUUGGGUGUAUUGCUGACGAGGAAACCUCCGGGCCAGAGCCAGCCUCCACCUGGCUCAGCACCACAACCAACACCUGGACAAGAACCAGGGCAACCAAUGGAAGAUAAUCGGUGGUUGAAUCUUACCGGCUACCCUCCUAUUCCAACCGGCGUGUCUACCGUUGCAGGGCCGAAUUCUGCCAACGUCAAUUCAGGCUGUAUUGCACCGACCAGUAUGUGGAGUUGCGCCUUGCCAAAGGAGAUGCAGGAUGCAAACAGUCCAUUUGAGGCAGAUCAGCCUCGGUUCAAGAUUGACAUCAAGUUCAAGAACGGGACGUAUGGGCAUAGUACCACCGUUGCAGAUAAGGGGAAGAGAGACGUAUCUGCGUUUUCCGGCCUGUUUGCGCUUGGAAACUGGGCAAGAAGGCAAUACCCCCUUGAACGCAGAGAUGAAUUCACUCCGUCUCCAGCACCACCUAGCCUUGAAGAGCAAUCAUUCCUUGGAAAUACCACCGACAAAACCGCCGCCCCCUUCGAGGGAGAGGAAACUCCUUUCUUUGUAAUGCUUUUGGACACUGCUCCACCAAAGGGUGUCCCCGGCGCAGGAAACAGUGCUCGCUUCCGCCGUCGCGGGCCAGAGGGUUUUCCUGACCUGUCCAAAAUCAUCCCUCCACCUGCUCUGGAUACAGAUGGCACAGCUGCACCGGCCUCCCUGUACCCGUUCUCCACUUCCCAGCCACUCCGUCUAUACGAUCGAGGCCUACCAACCGAACACUACGGAUUCUACACAUACUACGACCGGUCCAUUUUCCUCGAAUCAUCACGCCCCAUAGGUGAUGGCAAGGAAACAGGGAACAUCCCCAGCGACCUUAACGGCGGCUCAACCAAAUCCGCUGCAAAAGUACGCUGCACGUGGUCACAAACAAGAUUCCUCAUCCAGAUAUGGACUCAGCCAUCCAAAGCGGGUCUGGAACUCUUUUCACAAUCCGCUAAUCCAGGCCCGGAACCACCGUCGUACGCAGAGGAUUUCAGACGACCAGGUUCCUUACCAUACCCGAUCACAAUUACUGUGGACAGACAUGGCGGCGACCCGAAGAAGAAACUUGUGUACUGCUAUGGUCUAGAUGUGGCUGGGAAGCCAAUCCCUACGAAGAAGAAACUCCAGCUUGAACACCGUGAUGUUGGCGGUGUGCUUGUUAACCCUGCACCGGGAAUAUUCAACAUCUCAUCUACACCGCAGACCGAAAAACGAGCGGACUUACCUGGAAUAGACGGUGGCUCGGGUGGGUGUCGCUGUGAAUGGAGAAACUGGCUGAAAGCCUAG